AUGUUUGCCUUAAAGUGCGAUGGCAACCAUCCGACUUGUGGACGCUGCGCUGGCUAUGGAUAUGCCUGUCGCUGGAAUGAGGGUCGGAUUCGAAAGUCUGGCUCCGAUGGCCAUGAUGCGAAUCUGAAUCAGCUCUCUAUGGAGACUGACGGCCGAAAAGUAAGAGAUGCAAUUGCCAUAUACGAAAGCUUGAUUGCAUACCUGCGCAAAAACCUGUCUCGGGAUGAGUGCAAGGUGGUCGACUUGCGACUUGCAUCAAUUCAGCUUCCCAACUACUUAGCAAAGCAGACUGGAAAUGAUGCCACAAGUGUCCCACCGUCGCCAGAGCAGGAUGUGGCUGGUGAUUGCCACCCCACGGCCUUCCGACGGUACUUAGGUGAGGCCAGUGACAUUCGCUUUUUCCAUGCUAUGGAAUCGGCCCUUUGCCAGCAAACCGAAUUUGUCCAGCAAGAAGAUAAUCCCGAGGCGCGAGUCGAGAGCUAUGAACAAGAAGGCCCUCGCCAGCAGCCUUUGGAGCAGAACCAGGGGUCCUUGCCGCCUCGGGCCAUUGCGGACAGUUUCGUCGACAUAUACUUCUCUACUAUCCAUAUUGCUUAUCCCUUCAUCUCGCAACCAGAUUUCAGGCGAACAUACGAAUCUUUCUGGCGAUCAGACUCACUGGAGGGGUUCCGGGGCCCCUGGCUAUCUUUGCUGUUGACCAUCUUCGCCAUCGGUUCCUGUUACACGGGGAUCGCCGAAGCCGAAGGGGGAACUUCCAAUCCGCAGACGUCUUGUCAGCAUCAACGUCAUUUCGAUCGCGCGAUAGCUAUUGCGCAAAACUAUAGCUCGCACCAUACGGUCGACCAUGUUUGUGCUCUCCUCGCUCAAUGUUUCUAUCUGCUGGCCACUUGUCAGACCGACCGAUGUUGGACAACACUGGGUUCGGCUGUCCGAAUUGCCCAAAGCAUUGGUCUCCACGUUGAAGAUGCUCAUCGCACGGGUGGUGGAAAUGACCUGGCGCCACAAGAAAUGUGUCGUCGAGUUUGGUACUCCAUAUUUGUGCUGGAUCGUCUCCUGGCGUUGCAAUUGGGACGUCCACCAGCUAUUAGCGAGGAAGGCUUCGAUGUCCAGCUUCCGUCUCAACAGUCGGACGUCGACUUGGCCAGCCCAAGUAGUCAGCAUGGCACGCACGGGACAGACUGGGUGGGAGACUACUUUAUUGAAAUGAUCAAGUUCUCGGAAAUAAUUGGAAGAGUAUUCGAGAGUCUGUACGGACCAAGAAGAGCCGAGGACCCCGUUUUGAUCCUGUCACACAUCGAUCGUUUAGAUGACGAAUUGUCUCAAUGGCGAUCCAACUUGCGGCGAAAUUUGAGAUUCGAUCUGUCUCAUACAUUUGAAAAGUCGAUUGUCUACAAAAGACAGCGAAAUAUGCUUGCUGUAAAGUUCUACAACCUUCAAGCGCUGAUUCACCGGCCCCUAUUAUCACCCGCCAAAUUACUGGGAACGGUUCCCAACCCUGUGGUAUUUUAUCAAGCAGAAGGCGGCCGCAUCUCAAUGUCUCAAAGAAAGUGCAUCGUUGCUGCGCAACACACUGCAAAACUACUCCACAAUCUCGACGACAAGAAGAGCCUCGUUUAUGGCUUUCCCUGGUGGCAGAUGAUAUCAUGUCUCAUUUGUGCCAGUUCAAUCCUUCUUGUUGCAAGCAUUUGCGUGGAUCUGGAUUCAGACAAAGAAGUCUUCAGAGACAUAGACUGGGCAGCGGUGGACGAAGAUGCCGAAGUUUGCCUAAAGGUCUGUCAAGCUCUCAGCUCCAACUCAAAUGCAGCAAGGCUGGCGAGCGACAUGAUGCAAAGGCUCAAGAAAACAAGGACGAUCUCCAAAGGGGGGACGAUGAAAUGUGUUGCAUUCGGGGCUGUCCCUACGGCAGAGAAUGGGACCGAUAAUAUAUCAAAUACACUACCAUCCGACGAUCUCUUCCAGGCCACAAUGCCGUCACAGCUUGACUCUAUGGGACUAAGUCAAGAGUCUUUCAACCUCAUGUUCCAGACCAUGCCCUACGAGGUCUCAGAGCCGGUAAUGUGUAAGUGA